AUGCUCAAGUCGUAUGCCGUCGCACCUGUUGAGCGUCUACCCUGUGAACUCAUACAGCACAUCUUUCUACUCACCGACAUGGAUACGAACCUGCCGAGGGCGUCGCCAUUGCUUUCUCGCAGUCUGCUCGAUCAGUACAUCCUGCUGAAAUACUGCGAAAGAGCCUUCGCACGCCCGUCGAACAGCAACCAAGCGGUCAAUUAUCGGGAGCGACUUGAGCGUCGUCAACGCCAAAUCAAAGCCUUCAGUAUGAACUGGAUGACGUGGAGUUUCUUCUCGUCUUUCUUGAUAUGGUGGAAAGAACGGUCGGCCGCCGCAGACAUGGGCCAUCUUGACCCUGGCCAAUUCGAAUUGGAACUUUCUGAUGAAAAGCGUCAACUCCAGGCCCGGCGUUCCAACCUGUCCUGUCCUUGGCUACCAGAGAUCGUGUGUCCGCUUCCAAACAAGCUUCUUCGAGGCCCAUUCACGCCCGAAAAGUUAGCAUUUAUUCGGUGCCUACUAUCUAUAUCAAAUGCAAGCGUUGACUGGGCAAGCAAAGAAUCUGUGCGCCUGUCGACCGCGGCCAAGGUAGAGGCCAUCCUUGAACGCAACUUCGAAGCAGUACAUCUUCUCUCGAGGAACAGGAGGCUUGCCAAAGCGCCGAACCUCGAGCUAGUGAAGUUUGCGGUGAUUGAGGGUGGGUGCGACAGAAGCAUCGUCUUCGAGCUGAUGACAGCAGCCAGGCAAUGGGGCCUUCGCAGGUGGGUUGACGUUGAACUGGAUGCAUGGGUGGCCCGAGAGAUUGCCAAGGGAAAUCCAAAGGCAAGAUGGCUGAGGCUGAAGCUUGAAGAGCUGCGGUUUGGCAACUAUCCCGAUCCCAAGACCGGAGACUACGCGGGUGAUGGUCUGAUGGUGAAAAGAACGACACAGGUCGAAACGAAUGCCAUUCAGGAACUUUAGAAACGAAACAGUAGGCCCA